UGACAAGACAGGAGAGAGAGAAUAGGAGUUUGGGAAAAGAAAAAGUUAGCCAGCAGCGCUCCAAGAGAAGAGCAAACACAAAGAGGGCGACGCUCGAGCUGAAUCAUCAGCCUAUACAACUUUUAAUAUCACUGAGCCUGCCUCAUGAGGCUUGCCUAACACACUUUCCACUGAAUUCUCAGACGCAAGUUGCUGUCAUUGAAACUUGGAGAGAUGAUUUUAGGGGGUACUUGGUCUGUCCUUCUCUUGCUGCCUGUGGUGGUAUCAGCUCAGUAUCAAGGAGACAACGGAAUUGUCAUCCCGGAGCAUGGAUUCUGCCAACCGAUUUCCAUACCUCUCUGCACUGAUAUUGCCUACAACCAAACCAUCAUGCCCAACUUAGUGGGCCACUACAACCAGGAGGACGCAGGGCUGGAGGUGCACCAGUUCUACCCGCUGGUGAAGGUACAGUGCUCCCCGGAGUUGAAAUUCUUCCUGUGCUCCAUGUACGCGCCGGUUUGCACUGUCCUGGAGAAGGCCAUCCCGCCUUGCAGGUCCAUCUGCGAGAGGGCCAAGCAAGGUUGCGAAGCUCUCAUGAACAAGUUUGGCUUCCAAUGGCCCGACCGACUCCGCUGCGAGAACUUCCCCGUUCUGGGCGAUGGUCAGAUAUGCGUGGGACAGAAUGACUCGUCUGCCGCCACCGUCCCACCCUUGCCCAUCCCAGGCACCCAGGAUGUCUCGGUGGUCUCCGGCCCUGAAAGCUCCUUCCGUUGCCCCGCCGCGCUUGUGGUGCCGCCAUACUUAAACUACAUGUUCCUGGAGGAGAAGGACUGCGCCGCUCCAUGCGAGCCGGCCCGCGGUGGCGGCUACAUGUUUUUCACCGACAAGGAGAUCCAUUUUUCACGCAUCUGGAUUCUGGUCUGGUCGGUCCUAUGUUGCGCUUCCACCUUAUUCACGGUCACUACUUAUUUGGUGGACAUGCAGCGUUUCCGGUACCCCGAGAGGCCCAUUAUCUUCCUGUCGGGCUGCUACACCAUGGUCUCCAUCGCUUACAUCGCAGGCUUCUUCCUGGGCGACAAAGUGGUGUGCAACGAGAGCUUCAACCCAGACGGCUACAAGACAAUCGUCCAGGGCACCAAAAAGGAAGGCUGCACCAUCCUCUUCAUGAUGCUCUACUUCUUCAGCAUGGCCAGCUCCAUCUGGUGGGUGAUCCUGUCCCUCACCUGGUUCCUGGCGGCGGGGAUGAAGUGGGGCCACGAAGCCAUCGAGGCCCACUCCCAGUACUUCCACUUGGCGGCCUGGGCGGUGCCGGCCGUCAAAACCAUCAGCAUCCUGGCCAUCGGGCAGAUCGAGGGCGACGUGCUGAGCGGCGUGUGCUUCGUCAGCCUCAGCAACCUGGACCCCCUGCGAGGUUUUGUCCUGGCGCCUCUCUUCAUCUACCUCUUCAUCGGAACCUCCUUCCUACUGGCUGGCUUCGUGUCGCUCUUCCGCAUCCGCACCAUCAUGAAGCACGACGGCACCAAGACGGAGAAGCUGGAGCGGCUCAUGGUGCGCAUCGGCGUCUUCAGCGUGCUCUACACCGUCCCCGCCACCAUCGUGAUCGCCUGCUUCUUCUACGAGCAGGCCUUCCGCCCGCACUGGGAGCGCAGCUGGGUCAGCCACAGCUGCCGGAGCCUGGCUAUCCCGUGCCCGCCGCAUACGGGGCCCCGCAUGACGCCGGACUUCACCGUCUAUAUGAUCAAGUACCUGAUGACGCUCAUUGUGGGGAUCACGUCUGGUUUCUGGAUCUGGUCUGGGAAAACGCUGCAUUCCUGGCACAAGUUCUACACCCGGUUGACAAACGGCAAACACGGCGAGACCACCGUGUAGGAUGAAUAGCCUGCCGCAAGCUCUUGGACGGACUGAUUUGUGCUUUUCAUGGCGGCCGUGUGUUGGUUUGAGGAGGAGGGGAUGGGGUGGGGGGAGUUCUUUGGUAUUUCCAGCCGCGAAGCUAAAAAGUGUUUGGGUUUUGACCAAGCAGCGAGCUGGAUUAACUGCGGCCCGAACGGGACUGUCUGACUGAACAAACACACAACAAACAUGGCCGACGUGGCCAUGUGCUGAAAUGCUCACCUUCUCGUUCCUCUUCUUCCCCCCUUCUUUGCUCCACGGUCCAGCAGCCAAGACUGGAGCACAAAGAGCAUUUCACAUGUAAUUAAAUUCAAGUGUAAAUAGUAAUUGUAAAAACAUGAAAGUAUAUAUUUGUAUUUAAAAAAACAGAAGAAGAAUACUACCGCUUAAUUGUCAGUGUACCUGCUUCUCUUUUGCACCGCAACAAAGCUAAAUAGAUCUGCCCCCCCCUUUUAAAAAAAUAAAAAGAAAAUACCAUAAUAAUGGUCAUCAUGAGUUAUGUGAGCCUGAUCCAUGCUGGAUUUUUGUAUGUUAAAAACAAAACAAACAAAAAAAGUAAAACCAAAUUGGUAUAAAAUAACAUCAAGUUCCAUCAGCAAAAUGUACAAAUGCCCCGCUUUACUUUAUUACUGUAUGUAGUCACUUUAUAUGGAAGCUACGAAAUACUCUUGUGUAGUUAUACAACCAACGUAGGUGUUCUAAUGUUAUUUUGCCUUCCAAAUUUGGGUCGGAAUGAUCGUUGAUACAAAUUGCUCACAUGAUGUCAGGCAUUCAUACGUCCUACUUUCCUGUUUUUAUUUUCUCUUGACAUCCUGGGAGAUGUGCUUGUUCUUUCUAAAACAGAACAAUAUCUCGGACAGUAUCUCAUCUAGUAUUUCAAAUGCGGGCCGAGAGGAAGUGUCAUUCAUCGGCGUGGUAAUCGGGCAGACAUUGAACGUGGCGCGACUUGUUUCUGCGGGCGAGUAAGAUAGCGUGAUGCCAACGUAAUCUUAACAUCAGUGUGGGCGGCAGUAAAACUAAAAAUGCUUCAUUGUUGUCAUGUUUUUAGAACCCCGUGAGAGUAUAAUUACCCGCUGCUGCUCCAUUGCUAAUCAAAACGUAUGAAUGGUUGACAUCUUUGGGCAGUCGUGUAGCUCUUGUCACGCGUAUUAUCUACAUUUUUAGAAUGUCAAUAUUUCAGCUGUUAUGCAAGAAUAACCAAAGUUGUAAAUUUAAUAGGAUUUUGUUCCAAAAAGUUAUCAUCACAAUGUCAGUGGCGAUGUGCUAGCCGCUGAUAUAACAUUUCCAUUGCGUCAUGUCCGCCAUAUUUGUGGAAUACUUUUAGUGUGUUUUGAUUCAUGUUACGUUUUUGUACGGUUUCCUACUAAAUUGUCUCGAGAUCACGUCAAACCAAAAAUAUGUGUCAAUCCAAAUGUGCAGAUUAAACACCUCCUUGUCAAACGAAA